AUGUCGGUCGGAGAAGAAAACACACUAAAUCAAUCUACUUCACUUCUAUCAUUCAACACAGACAUCGCCACCAUUUCUAAAAAAAACACUCUACCAUCGCCCUCCUCCUCACCACCUGUGUCGCUCUCUCCGCCGCCUUCGCUUUCGCCUUCCUCUUCUUCUCCUCUGUUACAUCCACCAACCACCACCACAGCACCAUCACUCUCCAAAUCGCCCGUCCAUUCAGUAAAUUCAUUCACCCAGUCGUCAUCCUUAUUUCCUCAGAUGGGUUCCGAUUUGGGUACCAAUUUAAAACCCCAACACCCACAUCCAACGACUAAGUUAAAAACAGAACCGAAGCUGAAACUGGAUUGA